AUGGACUCAAAUCCAUUCAUCGUGUCCUGGUGGCCACUAGCACUGGCGGAUCAAGCAUUGUUUCAUGUGUCAUUGCAGACUGCCUCUCUGUAUGAGGAGCUCCAAGCCCAAAAUGGGUUCGCGAUAUCCGAUCUUCUCAUGGUCGACUCGAUUGCUCUGGUGAGACGAAGAAUUGCAGAUCCAUUGUUAGCCUUUCAGGACGAGACUAUGGACUCUGUCGUGACACUGGCUGCCAUUGAGCAUGGCAAGGGGAACAUCGAAGCCAGCAGAAUGCAUAUCGACGGAGUAAAGAGGAUGGUCAGCAUCAGGGGCGGGAUCGACGAGCUCAAACAAAGGAGUCCCCUCACGGCGAGAAUGGUCUCAUGGGUAUCGAUGCUCGUCAUGGAAGCCCCCCAGUUUCCAACCAAAGAUGCUGCUGGCGAUGGCGACGGAAUCAGCGCGAUACCGCAGUGGCAGCUCGCCUCGAUAGACGCGGAAUCCCAGGGCGGAACCUUGGGCGCCUUGGAUUUCACACCAACCAUGAAUGACAUCUUGUCUCGUCUAAGAAGGAUACUGCACCAUUCAUUGCACUCGAGCCUCACCAACACGCAGCUGCACGAUCUCACCUGUUUUGUUGUGCACAGGCUGCUGCUGCUGCCUCCGUUUACGGAAACAAUCACAGAUGCUGACGCGAACCCAUCGCGAUUGGCAGCUUCUGAAUGUCUCCGAUACGCGACUGCAUUAUACAUGCUCAUCAUACACGGCACGACAUACUAUUCCCACGUUGGCUUAGCGAACGCCAUCAUCCGCCAGCUCAGGUACCAUCUCGUGGCCUUGCAAGAAGGGACAGCAGCAACAUCGAUAACCGCUCACUGCCACGAUUCAUUAGAGAUCUGGGCUCUCUCCGUGGGCAUGGUGGCCUCUGCUGUCAAUGGCUUGCUCAGAGACCACGAAUGGUUCACAGAUCAAGCGCUUGCCACCGCAGCGGCUCUCGGGGUUCGCAAAUGGGACGACGUCGUCUCACAUCUACAGGCAAUCCUCUGGGCCAGGAUGCCGCAGGAAGAGCUCUUCCGCCAGGAAUGGGAGCGAGCAUUUGUCAAGAUGAGUGUAAGAUGA